AGAAUGGAUAAGGAAAACUGCUCUUCAUUACCUGAUUUUUUUCUCCUGGGAAUUUCCAGUAACCCUGACUUGAAAGGGGGUUUAUUUGUUGUGUUUCUAGUUGUUUAUCUUAUUAUUCUGCUGGCAAAUAUUGGAAUGAUCAUCUUGAUCAGAAUGGAUCCCCAGCUUCACACACCAAUGUACUUCUUCCUCAGUCACCUUGCCUUCUCUGACUUAUCCUAUUCUACUGCAGUGGGACCGAAGAUGCUGGUGGACCUUCUUGCAGAGAAUAAUCCAAUUUCCUUUUUUGGCUGCUUUCUACAAUUCUUAUUAGUAUGUACCUUUAUAGAUAUUGAGUGCAUGCUUCUGGCAGUGAUGGCCUUUGAUAGGUACAAGGCCAUCAGCAACCCCCUGAUGUAUGCUGUGGACAUGUCCAGUAGAGUUUGUUAUCAGUUCUUAACUGGAAUAUAUCUGUUGGGUACUAUAGAUGGCCUUAUACAUACCUCAUUAGCCUUCAGCUUAUGUUUCUGUGGCUCUACCAAUAUUAAUCAGUUCUUCUGUGAUUUUCCUGCUGUUUUACUCCUUUCCUGUUCAGAUACACAGGUCAAUGAACUGGUAUUAUUUACCCUUUUUGGUUUCAUAGAACUGAGUACCAUUUCAGGAGUCCUCAUCUCCUACUGUUACAUUAUCUCCUCAGUCUUAAAGAUCAGCUCUGCUGGGGGGCGCUUCAAAGCUUUUUCUACCUGUGCCUCCCAUCUGACUGCAGUUGGGAUUUUCCAGGGGACCAUGCUCUUCAUGUAUUUCAGACCUAGUUCUGCCUACUCUCUAGACCAAGACAAAAUGACGUCAGUCUUUUACCUUCUCAUUAUCCCCAUGAUAAACCCUCUGAUCUACAGCCUAAGGAACAAGGAUGUGAAAGAAGCCCUGGUCAGGCUCAGAAAUAAAAGGUGGUUUCAAGGAUAA